AUGAACAAAACAACAAAGCGCUUCAUGAAAAAGAACAUGAAUUGUCAAUUUGGUGAAGUGAUGAUUGGAAUAUCAAUUGAAUUGAAGUUAUCAGCUUUUUUUAGUUCUGCUGUUCAAUCACAAAAGAGAAACUUAUCUAUCCAUGAAUACCGUUCCGCUGCUUUAUUAAGAUCUUACGGUGUUGGUGUUCCAAAUGGUGAUGCUGCUACCACUCCAGAAGGUGCUUAUGAAAUUGCUAAAAAAUUAAACACUGAAGAUUUAGUUAUUAAAGCUCAAGCUUUAACUGGUGGUCGUGGUAAAGGUCAUUUUGAUACUGGUUUCCAAGGUGGUGUUAAAUUAGUUGAUUCUCCAGAAAAAAUUAGAGAUUUAGCUAAAGAAUUUUUACACAAUAAAAUUAUUACUAAACAAACUGGACCAGCUGGUAAAGAAGUUACUGCUGUCUAUGUUGUUGAAAGAGCUUUCGAUAGAACUGAAGCUUAUUUAGCUAUCUUAUUAGACAGAGCCACUCAAAAACCAAUGAUUGUUGCUUCUGCUCAAGGUGGUAUGGAUAUCGAAGGUGUUGCUGCUAAAGAUCCAUCAGCUAUUAAAACUUUCCCAGUUGAUUUAGAAGCUGGUGUUACUGAUGCUCAAGCUAAAGAAAUUGCUUCAGUUUUAGGUUUCACUAAACAUGCUCAAGAAGAAGCUGCUUCAACUGUUCAAAAAUUAUACAAAAUUUUCAAAGAACGUGAUUCAACUCAAAUUGAAAUCAAUCCAUUAUCAGAAACUAUUGAUCAUAAAGUUUUAGCUAUGGAUGCUAAAUUUGGUUUCGAUGAUAAUGCUUCUUAUCGUCAAGAAGAAGUUUUCUCAUGGAGAGAUUUAACUCAAGAAGAUCCAGAUGAAGUUAUUGCUGCUAAAUCAAACUUAAACUUCAUUAAAUUAGAUGGUAACAUUGGUUGUUUAGUUAAUGGUGCUGGUUUAGCCAUGGCUACUAUGGAUGUUAUUAAAUUAUAUGGUGGUGAUCCAGCUAAUUUCUUAGAUUGUGGUGGUGGUGCUACCCCGGAAACUAUUGAAAAUGCUUUCAAAUUAAUUUUAUCUGAUAAAAAAGUUUCAGGUAUUUUCGUUAACAUUUUCGGUGGUAUUGUUAGAUGUGAUUAUGUUGCUGAAGGUUUAAUUGCUGCUACCAAAAACUUGGGUGUUGAAGUUCCAAUUGUUGUUAGAUUACAAGGUACUAAUUAUGAAAAAGCUUCAGAAUUAAUUGCUGAAUCUGGUUUAAAGAUUUACGCUGUUAAUGAAUUAGAUGAAGCUGCUGAAAAAGUUGUCAAAUUAUCUGAUAUUGUUACUCAAGCUAGAGAUAUUGGUGCUAAAGUUAACUUUGAAUUAGCUGCUUAA